AGCUCAAAUCCGAACUUCCUGAGACAGCAACCCACGCCUGACAAUUGGAAUUAGAAAGAAAAGGCAAAAUUUCUUUAACUAAAAGGACCUGGCAUCCAGGACACAAUGAAGCCGAACAGGCAAGUGAUACGUCUUAUUAUCUUAUUGUGGGUUUGUAGGGCGGGCUCAGCAUCAGGGAGAUUUUCUGUGGCGGAGGAAAUGGAGGUCGGUUCCUUUGUGGCUAAUGUGGCAAAGACGUUGGGGCUGGAGGUGGGGGAGCUGUUUGCCCGCGGGGCUCGAGUCCUCUCUGAGGACAAUCGGCAAUAUUUACAACUUAACCAAGAGACUGGGGAUCUGCUCCUGAGAGAGAAAUUGGACCGGGAGGAUCUGUGUGGUCCCGUGGAGCCCUGUCUGUUGCCUUUUCAGAUCUUACUAGAAAAACCCUUUCAGAUAGUUCGCGCUGAGCUGCGGGUCCAGGAUAUAAAUGACCAUUCACCUGUUUUCCUGAACACUGAAAUGCUCCUCAACGUCCCUGAAAACAGCCCACCUGGGCCUCUGUUUUCUUUGAAAAAUGCUCAAGAUUUGGACAUAGGAAGCAACAGUGUUCAGAACUACACAAUCAGCCUUAAUCCCUAUUUCCACGUUCAAACCCGUGCUCGGGGUGACGGCAGGAAGUUCGCAGAGCUCGUGUUGGACAAAGCCCUGGAUAGGGAGCUGGAACCCGAGGUCACUUUAACUCUCACGGCUCUAGAUGGAGGGUCCCCUCCUAGGUCUGGAACAGCCCAAAUCCGAGUCCUGGUUGUGGACAUCAACGACAAUGCUCCUGUUUUUGCCCAGGCCCAGUAUGAGGUUCAGAUCCCGGAGAAUAGCCCCAUCGGCUCCCUGGUUGUUACGGUCUCUGCUAGAGAUUUGGACUCAGGAAAUAAUGGAAAGGUAUCAUAUUCAUUUUUUCAAGGCUCUGAAGAAAUUGUGAAUACUUUUGAAAUAAAUCCUUCCUCAGGAGAAAUUAGAAUAAGAAGAAAACUAGACUUUGAGGCAAUUAAAUCUUAUGAGAUGGAUAUUGAAGCCAUAGAUGGCGGGGGCCUUUCAGGAAAAUGCACUGUUGUGGUUCAAGUGACAGAUGUGAAUGACAAUGCCCCAGAACUAGUCAUAUCGUCAUUUACCAGUCCUAUUCCUGAGAAUUCACCUGAGACCGUGGUAGCUAUUUUUAAGAUUCGAGAUCAAGAUUCAGGAGAAAAUGGACAAAUGGUUUGUUCUAUCGAGGGAAACGUCCCCUUCAUCUUGAAACCAUCUAUCGAUAACUUUUACUCUCUGUUAACGGAGAGCUCCCUGGAUAGAGAAAGUAGGGUGGAGUACAACAUCACCAUUACAGUCACAGAUCUGGGGACCCCGAGGCUCAAAACUGAGCGCAACAUCACUGUACUAAUUUCUGAUGUCAAUGACAAUCCUCCAGCGUUUACUCAGACAGCCUACACCUUCUAUCUCCAGGAGAACAAUAUUCCUGCCCUCCACAUUGGCAGUGUGAGGGCCAAUGACAAGGAUUCAGGGGCCAAUGCCAAGGUUACCUAUACUGUUCAGUCCCAUGAAGCUGGAGAUCUGCCCCUCUUCUCCUACAUCUCCAUCAACUCAGACAAUGGUCACCUCUAUGUCCUGAGAUCUCUGGAUUAUGAAGCCAUCCAAGCUUUCCAGUUCACUGUGAGGGCAACUGAUGGAGGCUCCCCUGCCCUGAGCAGCCAGGCUUUGGUUCAGAUUGUGGUACAAGAUGAGAAUGAUAACCCUCCCUUUGUUCUGUACCCCCUGCAGAAUGGCACAGCUCCCUGCAAUGAUCUGGUGCCCAGAGUUGCAGAGGCAGGUUACCUGGUGACCAAGGUGGUGGCUGUAGAUAGGGACUCAGGGCAGAAUUCCUGGCUUUCCUACCAGCUGGUCAAAGCCACAGAGCCAGGACUCUUCAGUGUGUGGGCCCACAAUGGGGAAGUUCACACAGCAAGACCCAUCAGUGAGAGAGAUGCUAUCAAACAGAAGCUCCUGGUGCUGGUGAAGGACAAUGGGGAACCACCUCUGUCCACAAUGGCCACACUGAAUGUGCUCCUGGUGGAUGGCUUCUCUGAGCCCUACCUGCAACUCCCAGAUGCACCCAAGGAGCAGGUCCAGAUGGACUCCCUCACCAUCUACUUGAUCAUCUCUUUAGCAGUCAUCUCCUUUCUGUUUCUGGUCUCUAUUAUUAUGUUUAUAGCUAUUUGCCUGUGGAAGAGGAAAAGGGAUACAACAGACUGUAGUCGAUUUGAUCCAAAUGGUCCCUUCCCAGGUCACUUGGUAGAUGUCAGUGGAACAGGGACCUUGUCCCAGAGCUACCAGUACGAGGUGUGUCUGACCAGUGAUUCAGGGACCAGUGAGUUCAAGUUCCUGAAGCCCAUACUACCCAGAGUCCUUCCUCAAGCUAAUGGCAAGGAUGCACAGGAAAAUCCUGUCCUUAGAAAUAGCUAUAUGUUUACUUAAGUAUUAUAACUGAUCCACAGAAAUUUAAUAUUAACCUUUUGUAAGCCCCUUUUCUAGUGCUAUUUCAUGUUUUCAUCCUUGCCUAGUAGGGGAACUUCGAACCUGAUAACGAAAGUACUUCCUCUAAUAUGGUGAAAAUUGUUGUUGGUCCUGAGAAUUUCUUAGUGAUCUUGGUUUUAGUAAAAUAUUUGACUAGCUAAUUAAUUAAAUAUGUAAUAUUUUGCAUAGUCUACACAUUAUUAAUAUUAUUUUUAAUUCUAUUCUAUCCAAAAGAGUAAAAUGAGAAAGUAGAUAUGUUUCCUUUGAAAUUUCAAAGAUUACAUAUUGUAGUUUUAAGUCUCAUAUCUCAUAGUCCCUUUAGGUGUUUUCCUUUUUAUUUAUAUUCGAGGCAAAAGCACUCCAAGCUUCCCACCAUAGAGAAUCAGAGUUAUUUAUAUUUGAGUUAAAUUUCCAUUGCAUAGAAUAGUGUUUAUGAAGCUAGUGAUUAUAAGACUCUUCCCCCCACCACUUGAAUGUGCUCCCUAUUAGGCUUCUUGUAGGGGCAGAGUUAGCCAAAACUAGAUUUGCCUAUAACCAAAAUAAAUUGUACUUUUUCUAUGAUAUUAAAUAAACAACAUCUUUAUGGUAGCUAAUUAACAAUAUUAGCAUAUUAUGUUGGAAAAAAUUAUAAGUAUGGAUAAAAGCCUAAAGAAAUGUAAAUAUCUAGUUAAGACCUGGUACCUUUUCCUUUAAUCCUUACUGUUAGCAGUAAUACCUGAUUAAUCAAUCCCUACUUUUUUCUUCCCAGGCUUAAGUAAAAAGCAACUUUAACUCAUGCUUAAACUUAUUCAGUAGCUCAUUGGGAUAUACACACAUAUAACUUCCAAGAAAAUCUGGCUUUCAUUUUCAUAUUAAUUAUGUGUAACUAUGCUUUUCAGUGUUUUUAUCUAACCCUUCAAAAACAGUUAUAAAACUUAUUAAAAGACAAUGUUUUGGGGCAGC